AUGCCACUACCAAAUUCCAGAAGUCUAGCAUUAAAAGAAAUUAUUAAAGAUCUCCAAAAAAAUAGCUCAACAAAUAGCGAAGUAGAAAAAGAAAAUUUAUUACCAGUAAGCCCAACCGACCAGAAAGAACCGAUAGAAAAUCAAGUUGUACCUUCUACUUCAAAAAGAAACAUACCUUUAAAUGAACGUGCUUAUAAUGUACACCAAAGUUUACGUGAUAAAGGAUCGUCCUACUCUUCCGAUCAAAAGUCUGAUCAAGAUUUUUCGCCUGCUUCCGAUGAUGAUAGGGAGUAUAUACCCCCAUCUAUAGCUGACAGUUCGUCUUCAGACGAUGAUUUCAAGCGACAAAAUAAACAAAAACAACAUAAAACUUACCUCUCUCAGCCAAUCAAAUCUUUGGAAGAAACAAAGUGUCCAAUUAAAUCCGUCUCGUCAAGAUCAACUUCUGUGUCGUCGUCUUCUAAUACUUCGAAAUCCAACUCUAACACCAGCUCCGAUUCCAGCUCCGAUUCCAGCUCAGAUUCUAGUUCAGAUUCUUCUAGCUCAGAUUCCGAGUCUGAUUCCUCAAAAUGUAAAAAAAAUAGUAAUUUUGUUCCUUCACCAGCUAAAUUAAAACGCUAUAGUUCUCCGGUUGUAAAUACUUACCCCCCCUCAACCAAAAACUUCAUCAAACUCAAUGCAAUUAGCCGAAAAAUCUGUAUCAUCAGAUUCAGAAGAUUACACAUCUCAUUUUAA